UACGGUUAUGAGCCUCCUAAAACCAGGCCCAUUUUCCCCUUCGUCUUCCUCUCUACUCCCAUCCUAAAACCCUAAACCACAACAAUUUUUCAAUUUCCACUUCUAUCUUACAGUCUCAGCACACUACUCUCAGAACUAAGAAACAAUGGCGGACACCGUACAGUACCGUCUCGAGCGCAUGGUCGACGAGCUCGACGACCUAGAAAAGCGCGGUAUUUUCACUCAUCAAGAGAUAUCCGAAAUUGUCAAGCAAAGACGCAAAUUCGAGUACAGAUUGAAGAGACCCAGUCCAUUGAAACAAGAUUACUUAGCCUACAUUGACUACGAACUUCAAGUCGACUCCCUCCGCCGUCUAAGAAAGAAAUCGAUUGCUCGUGAUCUUGAGAAUAAAGGAAGCAACAAGAGAAUGAAAACCUCAGUUUCUGAUCUUGCCGGCGUUUCCAAAAUCGCUGAUAUUUAUCGUCUCGCUGUUACGAGAUAUAAAGGCGAUAUUGACCUUUGGUUUCAGUAUUUAGAGUUUUGCAGACAACGCAGAAAUGGCAGAAUGAAGAAAGUACUGGCUCAAUUAAUUAGGUUUCACCCUAAAGUUCCAGGAGUUUGGAUAUAUGCUGCAGCUUGGGAAUUUGAUCAUAAUUUAAAUGUUUCAGCAGCUCGAGCUCUUAUGCAGAGUGGGUUGAGGGUUUGCCCUAACUCUGAAGAUCUUUGGAUAGAGUAUCUUCGGAUGGAACUUACGUAUCUUAACAAGUUAAAAGCUAGGAAAGUUGCUCUUGGAGAAGAUACAGGAACUCUGGUUCGUGAUAGUGUAGACGCCAAUGAGCAACAAUGGAAAGAUGAAAACAAUGGUGUGUUUAUGUCACUUGGUGAGGAAAGUGGAAAUGGUAAUGGAGCAAGUGUUAAUAUUGAGGAGAAAAUCGAUUUGUUUCGGGAACAGGGUUUGAAAAUUCUUGAAACUAUUUAUAGUAGAGCCGUUGAGACUCUUCCUUCGAGUUUUGGCCUGAGAAAGCGGUUGUUUGAGAUAUUUGAAGCUGUAGAAUUGGCACACUCAGAAGAUCUGCGUGAGAAGAUCUUGAAUGAUAUGAAGAGAGACUUUUCUAAAGAUACUGAGUAUUGGGACUGGCUUGCUAGAUUUGAAAUGACUAGUUCUAGUAGCACACAGGACUUGACAGGCGGUGUCAUGCCACCACGACUUGAAAAGGCAAUUGAGGUUUAUGAGGAGGCACUACAAUUUGUGCCCUCACCAACUAUGUUUAGCCUGUAUGCAAAGUUUUUUAUGGAUGCCAUUGCGCCUAAAAGAGAAGAAAACCAGCUUUCUGGAUUGCCUGUUCAUUCAGAAGAUUAUAUCUCCCAUCUCUUGAAAAUAUAUGAGAAAGCGGAGGCAUCGGGGUGCUUGACUGAGGAUCUUGCUUUUGAAUAUGUUUCAUUUUACUUGCAACUAGGAAAGCUAGAAGAAGCCAGGUUGCUAGCAAAAAACUUUUGCAAUGGGAAACUGUCCGAUUCAGUAAAAUUAUGGCUUUUAAUGUUCUCGAUAGAAAUUAGAUAUUUAACAAAUAAUGUUUCUGGACCAAGUGAAGUUGAUUUGCAAUCCAUCUUUGGGCUCUUUAGAAGGGUGUUGACUAAAAAGCCAAUAUUAGAAGCUGAGGACUUGUGGAUAAUGGCAAUCAAGUAUUUUGCGAUGAAAAGGCAGUAUUUUGACAAGCUGGUUGAAAUGUCAUUUAUUUCAGUAGCUAAAGAUGGUGGCAGUGACGAUGGCUUCUCCCUCCCUUCUGCUAUUAUAAAUUGUGUUCUCCAGAUGGAUGGAUAUCAACGUGCAAGGGAGACAUAUAAACGUUUUCUUGCCCUGCCUCGUCCUGGUCUUGCUUUAUACAGAACUUGCAUUGAGUUGGAAGAGAACCUUGCGUCUAACUGUCUCGGAAAUGCCAGAAAAUUAUAUGAAUCUGCACUUACAACUUACAAUCAAAAUGUGAGAUUGUGGUGCGACUACCAUGCCAUGGAGAUUAAGCUGGGAACAUCAGAAACAGCAAAUGCCGUCUAUUGGCGUGCACGGAAGACACUUAAAGAUUUGGCAGCACUAAGCUUUGCUCCGGACUUGUUAUAAUUUAAGUGUCAGAUUAAGCAAUUUCAGUUUUGAUCUCGAUGGUAGCUUGAGUAAUUUGUCUAAUUGGCAGUGCAAGUUGCAAAAAAACAGUAAGUUAAUGUAAUCUCAAAUUUUACAAAUCUCUUUCUGGUGGUAUACUAGAGCUUUAUAUUUAUCA